UGUAAGUGAGCGCCGGCGUCGCGGCAGCGGAUCCAGAGGAAGCUCGGCGGCGGUGGCUGCUGUAAGCAGGCCGGACGCCUGCUGGCUGACGAGGCUUCCUCUAAAGCUGGCGAAGGCGGGGCCGCAGUCCGAGCUGCCGCAGUAUCUGGACCCACGACGGGGCAGGUGCCGGCAGCGAGAGACGUAGCUGCAUACAGAUCUCAUUAUGCAUCAGAAAAAUGAAAAAACAGAGGAAAAUUCUAUGGAGGAAAGGAAUCCACUUGGCCUUUUCUGAGAAAUGGAAUACUGGGUUUGGAGGCUUUAAGAAGUUCUACUUUCACCAACACUUGUGCAUUCUGAAAGCCAAGCUGGGAAGGCCAGUUACUUGGAGCAGGCAUUUGAGGCAUUUCCAGUGCAGAAAGAAGGCCCUUCAAAUCCAGAAAACGUGGAUCCAAGAUGAACCACUUUUUGCAAAGACAAAAGGCAAUGUGGCUGUCCAGAAUCUUUGUACUUUGUCCUCUAAAGUGAAAAGAAAGGACACCAAGCACUUCAUUUCCUCCUCAAGGACCUUCCUGAAACUCCAGGCAGAGAAGUUGCUGUCAUCAGCAAAGAACUCUGAUCAUGAAUAUUCUGGAGAGAAAAGUCUCUUGAAGGCAGCUGUUGACUUACCAGUGAAUAGUGUUUUAGGUCAGGCCAAUGGUCACAGACCUAGGACGGAGCCACAAGCUUCUGAUUUUCCUAUGAAGUUCAAUGGGGAGAGCCAGAAUCCAGGUGAGAGUGACAGAAUUGUGGUCACCUUAAGCAACCAUAAGAGAAAGCGCUUUUGUCAUGGCUGCUACCCAGGGCUGGAGCACCACAGGAACGGGGGACCCUUGAUUCCAAAAAAAUUUCAACUUAACCAACAUAGAAGAAUAAAAGUAUCUCCUCAUAUGAUGUAUGAGAAAUUAUCCAUGAUUAGAUUUCGGUACAGGAUUCUCAGAUCCCAGCACUUCAGAACAAAGAGCAAAGUUUGCAAGCUAAAAAAAGCCCGGCAAAGCUGGGUGCAGGUCACUGGGGACCAUCAAGAGACCCUGAGGGAGAACGGUGAGGGUGGCAGUUGCAGCCCAUUCCCUUCCCCGGAGCCUAAAGACCCUUCUUGUCCACAUCAACCGUACUUUCCAGAUAUGGACAGCGAUGCUGUGGUGAAGGGAAAGAACUCUCAUGUGCCUGAGGGCCACACUAAAGGAAGCCCUCUCUUGGACAAGGAGCUUAGUUUAGAUGAAGCAUUCCCUGACCAACAGAAUGGCAGUGCUACAUACACCUGGGACCAGUCACCCUGUUCCUCUCCUAAAUGGGAGUAUACAGAGCUGAUUCAUGACAUCCCCUUACCAGAACAUCAUUCUAGUAACAUGUUCAUCUUGGAAACUGAGAGAGAAGUUAUGGCUCUGGGUCAGGAAAAUCGGACAAGUACUGUCAGUGAUGACAGAGUAAAACUGUCAGUGUCCGGGGCAGAUCAGUCUGUGAGGAGUGUAGAUGGGCCUGUGUCCGAAGAGACUGUUCAGAAUGAGAGCUCGUGCCAGAUGGAUGAGGAUGGCUCUUUCAAACAGAAUAUUCUUAGUUCUAAGUUGCUGGACCACCCUUACUGUAAAAGUCCACUGGAGGCUCCUCUGACGUGCAGUGGACUCAAACUAGAAAAUCAAGUGGGAGGUGGGAAGAACAGUCAAAAAACCUCUCCAGUGGAUGAUGAACAACUGUCAAUCUGCCUUUCUGGAUUCCUAGACGAGGUUAUGAAGAAGUAUGGCAGUUUGGUCCCACUCAGUGAAAAAGACGUCCUUGGAAGAUUAAAAGAUGUCUUUAAUGAAGACUUUUCUAAUAGAAAACCGUUUAUCAAUAGGGAAAUAACAAACUAUCGGGCCAGACAUCAAAAAUGCAACUUCCGCAUCUUCUACAAUAAGCACAUGCUGGAUAUGGAUGAUCUAGCAACCCUGGAUGGUCAGAAUUGGCUGAAUGACCAGGUCAUAAAUAUGUAUGGUGAGCUGAUAAUGGAUGCAGUCCCAGACAAAGUUCACUUCUUCAACAGCUUUUUUCAUAGACAGCUGGUUACCAAAGGGUAUAAUGGAGUAAAAAGAUGGACUAAAAAGAAGCAUGGGAGAAGAAAGAAUAGCCGGAAUGCAGAGACCAAAGAAGAGAGUGGCAUGAAGAGAAUUUGAUUCAGAGAUGCAGGGCCUUGUGGUCUACGUUUUAAAUUUUAUCCUGAAUGUGUAAGAAUCUAUUGAAGGGUUUUAGGUGACAACAUCCAAUUUGUAUUUUGCUCUAGUGGCACUGAAGAUGGAUGAAUGUGGGAGCAAAGUUGAUGUGAGUAGGAGGCCACUGCAGAUUAACUGUACUUUAAAUUACAAUACUAGAAGAGAUGGGAGUUGUACACAAAUACGAGUGUGACCUAGGAAGUAAAUUAACAGGACUUGGUGAUGAGUAGGUUAUGGGGAAUGAAGAAGAAGAACUGUGAAAGAUGACUUCCAAGCAUGUAACUCGUGCCACUAGAUGGGUUGUGGUGGUGUUUAUAUUAGAAAAAUUGAGGACAACUAAUUAGUAGGGGAUUGGUCAAAUGAAAAAUAUACAUCCAAGACUUCCUUGGUGAUCCAGUGGCAAAGACUCUGGGCUCCCAAUGCAGGGUCCUGGGUUUGAUCCUUGUCAGGGAACUAGAGCCAUCCCACAUGCUGCAACAGAGAUUGCGAGUGCCACAGUUAAGACCUGGUGCAGCCAAAUAAAUAAAUAAAAGUAAAUAUAAAAUAUAUAUAAAUAAAUAUAUGUAUAUACAUCCAUAUAAUAGGAUGCUACUUAACCAGGAGAAGUUACAUAGCUGAGGAAAGAUGAUCAUAUGUAAUAUGGAGUAGAGAACGGUUAGACAGGUAUAUCUUGAAGGUAUUGUUGGUUUGGUUCUAGACCACGGCGAUAAAGUAAAUAUUGCAAAAAAGUGAGUCACCAGAUUUUUUGUUUUCCCAGGGCAUAUAAAAAUUACAUUUACACAAUAGUCCCUUAUGUUUGUGAUAGUAUUAUGUAAAAAAAAUUAUGUACUUAAUUAAAAGUACCUUUUUGUUAAAAAAAAAAAAAUUCUAAUCAUUCCCUGAGCCUGAGUGAGAGCAAUAAUAUCAAAGAUCACUGAUCAUGAAUAACUAUAAUGAAUAUAAUAAUAAUGAAAAAUUUGAAAUACUGUGAGAAUUACCAGAAUGUGGCAAAGAGACAUGAAGUAAACAAAUGUUGGAAAAAUGGUGUCAAUAGGCUUUAUCUAUGCAGGGUUGCCAUAAAUCUUUAAUUUACAAAAUAUGCAGUAUCUGCACAGUACAGUAAAACAAGGUAUGUCUUGUAAAUAGCAUGGGAAAAUUUCUGAAUAAAGAAUAACAUGAAAUUGAAGGAAUAAAGCCAAGUAUAAUUCAGUGUCAUUUCAUUAAAUAGAAUAAAUUAAAUUGUUCUAUCCUCUGGACGCUCUCAGAUUGGAUUUCAUCGGAAAAUCCAACUAUAUGCGUGUAUAAGAAACAAACAUAAAGUAAUAUGAAAAAGCUUGAAAAUAAAGUGACAGGUACUAGGCAAAUGCAAACCAAAAGAAAGAAGUGGCAGUGGCAAGCAAAAAGGAGGAACAGUAGUAUUAAUAGCAAAUGAGGUAGAAUUUAGUGUGAAAAGUACACUGUGAUAAAAUUUUAGUAUAUAGGAGACAUAACAGUGAUUACAAAAGCAAGGAGACUUUGGUAAAUAGUGAUAUUGAGAGACCUCUUUCAUAGUUGGACAAAUCUAGCAGAUAAAAAAUAAGACCAUAUAAAAUACAACCAGUGUUUUUGGCUUAAUAGAUUUAUACUAGAUCUUUAUAUCCCUCAAAAAAGAGAAUAUACAUUUAUUCUUAUAUCCAAGAAACAUUUGUAAAAAUUGAUCAUGUACUUGGCCAUAAUUAUUACAUAUACUAUUCCUUAACCACAGUUCAAUCAAAUUAAAAAUAAAUAAUAAAAGGUGUCUAAAAAAAUCUUCAAAAUUUUCACACAUAUAACUUGAUAUAAACCUUGGGUCUAAAAGAAAAUAGAUUAUAUACAAAUGAUCUAGUAAAGGACAGAAAAGGGAACACAAUCUUAGCAGCUGCUAUGGAAUAAAAUGAAAUCUCUUUUGAGAAAAAAAUAAGUCAUAAAUACCAUUAUUAUUAAAGAAAAAAGGAAAAAUAGAAAAAUUAAGUACUUACUAAGUUUGAUUACAUUAAGAAAAAUUAUGGAACAACCAAGAAUUUGAAAUGCAACAAAUAGUGAAACAAUGAAAGUACAAAGAAAAUCCACAGCAGAAUUUUAAAAAAUUAAUCUCAAAGCAGCAGAAUCCAUUCUGUGUACAACUUAAAACUCUGAUGAUAUAAAAGAAAAAUGAAUUAAUUCAACUAUAUAAAAAGGUAAACAGUAAACUGGGAAAAAUUUGAUAUUUAUGUGAAAUAUUUGAUAUCAAAUGUAUAUAUCAAAUAUCAAAGAAAUAUUUUUUAAAUAUAUAAAUGCUUCUACACAUCAAUAAGAAAACAACCUCACCAACUCAAUAGAAAAAUGAGUGAAUGAUAAGAAUAAAAAGCAUUAUAAAGAAGUCCUUGAGUUCUAGAUAUAAGUCUUAUGUCAAAUCUAUAUUUUUUAUUGUUUUGUCUCAGUCAGUCUCUAACUUUUCUCCUUAUUUCUUUAACAUGCGUUUUGAUGAAUAGAGAUUUUUAUUUUGAUGAAAUCUAAUUUACCAUACUCUUUUCUUUUAUAGUUUUGCUUUCUAUAUCCAGUUUAAGAAAUAUUUGCCUCAUUAUUUUCUUCUAACAGCUUUAUAGUUUUAGGUUUUACAUUUACAUCUCUGGUGCAUCUCAGUUUUUGUGUAAUCAUAAGGUAGGGAUCAAGGUUUUUUUUUUCCCCUCCAUAACAUCCAGUUGUUUCAAUGGCAUUUCCUGAAAAGACUUCUCUUUCCCACUUUAAUUGCUUUGGCAUCUUUGUAGAAAGUUAACUGACCAUAUAUGUGUGGGUCUAUUUCUCGACUUAAUGUUCUUUUCCACUGAUCUCUUUGUUCUUAGGUAAUACCACACUGUCUUGAUCUCUGUCUUUAUAAUUUGUCUUUAAUCAGUGUUAAGUGGCCAGGUUUAGCCUUCUUUUUCAGAUAGCUUUGGCAAUUAUAGGUCCUUUUGCAUUCUCAUCAAAAUUUCAGAAUCAGUUUGUCAAUCCCUACUUUUAAAAAAACUUGCUGGGUUAUGAUUGGGAUUGUGUUUAAUCUGUAUGUUCAUUUGGAGGGAAUGGAGACCUUAACAGUAUUGUCUCUCAGUCUAUGAACAUGGUAUAUUUUCCAUUUAUUUGGAUCUUUAAUUUCUUUCAGCAAUAUUUUUACAAUCUUAGUGUACAGAUCUUGCACCUAAAUGUAUCCAUAGGUAUUUCAUGUUUCUGAAACUGCUAUAAACAAUUUUUUUAAUUAUUAUUUUUUAAAUUUUAUUUAUUUAUUUUUUUCAUUUAUUUUUAUUAGUUGGAGGCUAAUUACUUUACAGUAUUGUAGUGGUUUUUGCCAUACAUUGACAUGAAUCAGCCAUGGAUUUACAUGUGUUCCCCAUCCUGAUCUUCCCUCCCACCUCCCUCCCCAUCCCAUCCCUCUGGGUCAUCCCAGUGCACCAGCCCUGAGCACUUGUCUCAUGCAUCCAACCUGGACUGGCGAUCUGUUUCACACUUGAUAAUAUACAUAUUUCGAUGCUAUUCUCUCAGAUCAUCCCACCCUUGCCUUCUCCCAUAGAGUCCAAAAGUCUGUUCUAUACAUCCGUGUCUCUUUUUCUGUCUUGCAUAUAGGGUUAUUGUUACCAUCUUCCUAAAUUCCAUAUAUAUGCGUUAGUAUACUGUGUUGGUAUUUAUCUUUCUGGCUUACUUCACUCUGUAUAAUGGGCUCCAGUUUUAUCCAUAUCAUUAGAACUGAUUCAAAUGUAUUCUUUUUAAUGGCUGAGUAAUAUUCCAUUGUGUAUAUGUUCCAUAGCUUCUUAUCCAUUCGUCUGCUGAUGGGUAUCUAGGUUGCUUCCAUGUCCUGGCUAUUAUAAACAGUGCUGCGAUGAACACUGGGGUACAUGUGUCUCUUUCAGUUCUGGUUUCCUCGGUGUGUAUGCCCAGGAGUGGGAUUGCUGGGUCAUGUGGCAGUUCUGUUUCCAGUUCUGUUUUAAGGAAUCUCCACACUGUUCUCCAUAGUGGCUGUACUAGUUUUCAUUCCCACCAACAGUGUAAGAGGGUUCCCUUUUCUCCACACCCUCUCCAGCAUUUAUUGCUUGUAGACUUUUGGAUAGCAGCCAUUCUGACUGGCGUGUAAUGGUACCUCAUUAUGGUUUUGAUUUGCAUUUCUCUGAUAAUGAGUGAUGUUGAGCAUCUUUUCAUGUGUUUGUUAGCCACCUGUAUGUUUUCUUUGGAGAAAUGUCUGUUCAGUUCUUUGGGCCAUUUUUUGAUUGGGUCAUUUAUUUUUCUGGAAUUGAGCUUGCAGGAGUUGCUUGUUUAUUUUUGAGAUUAAUCCUUUGUCUGUUGCUUCAUUUGCUAUUAUUUUCUCCCAUUCUGAAGGCUGUCUUUUCACCUUGCUUAUAGUUUCCUUUGUUGUGCAAAAGCUUUUAAGUUUCAUUAGGUUCCAUUUGUUUGUUUUUGCUUUUAUUUCCAAUAUUCUGGGAGGUGGGUUAUAGAGGAUCUUGCUGUGAUUUAUGUCAGAGAGUGUUUUCUCUAUGUUCUCCUCUAGGAGUUUUAUAGUUUCUGGUCUUACAUUUAGAUCUUUAAUCCAUUUUGAGUUUAUUUUUGUGUCAGAAUUUUUAAAAUGUUAUCUUGCAAUUAUUUGCCGUUAGUAUAGAGAAAUACAGUUGAUUUCUCUUUCUUUUUUUUUUUAAAUGUUAAAUAUUAUUUAUUAUUUUAAAUUCUUCUUGAUUUGUUUCAUAUACAAAUGUUUGGUCUCCAAAGACAUCUGUUAAAUAAUUGCCUUCAUAAAUAAACUCCAAUACAUGGAAACAUAACAAUGGAACCUGAGGAUCUUACUUUAUAAGUGGCCCCAUGUCAAAUUCUGAGCAUUUUUCUUAUAUUAGGUUGGGUUAGUAAGAUUAGGUAUGAGGGUUAAAUUGAUUUUGUUUUUUUUUUAAUUUUUUUUAUUAGUUGGAGGCUAAUUACUUCACAACAUUUCAGUGGGUUUUGUCAUACAUUGAUAUGAAUCAGCCAUGGAUUUACACGUAUUCCCCAUCCCUAUCCCCGCUCCCACCUCCCUCUCCACCCGAUUCCCCUGGGUCUUCCCAGUGCACCAGGCCGGAGCACUUGUCUCAUGCAUCCCACCUGGGCUGGUGAUCUGUUUCACCAUAGAUAGUAUACAUGCUGUUCUUUUGAAAUAUCCCACCCUCACAUUCUCCCACAGGGUUCAAAAGUCUGUUCUGUAUUUCUGUGUCUCUUUUUCUGUUUUGCAUAUAGGGUUAUCGUUACCAUCUUUCUAAAUUCCAUAUACGUGUGUUAGUAUGCUGUAAUGUUCUUUAUCUUUCUGGCUUACUUCACUCUGUAUAAGGGGCUCCAGCUUCAUCCAUCUCAUUAGGACUGGUUCAAAUGAAUUCUUUUUAAUGGCUGAGUAAUAUUCCAUGGUGUAUAUGUACCACAGCUUCUUUAUCCAUUCAUCUGCUGAUGGGCAUCUAGGUUGCUUCCAUGACCUGGCUAUUAUAAACAGUGCUGCGAUGAACAUUGGGGUGCACGUGUCUCUUUCAGGUCUGGUUUCCUCAGUGUGUAUGCCCAGAAGUGGGAUUUCUGGGUCAUAUGGCAGUUCUAUUUCCAGUUUUUUAAGAAAUCUCCA